CAUGGACACUGCUCUGGGCUCUGUGGAGGAAGAGCAGGAUAUAAAUGAAUGCAAGUGCCCGGUUAUCUCCGGAGCCCCUCACUCACCUCGGCUGGCUGGAAGGCGCGGAGGAGCAGCCGCGGAACUCAGCAGAAGACGGGAGUACGACUCCCCCGUGGGGCUGGUCCAGGUCUAACCCAGAGCAAACUGACUGUCUCCGAGAUGGAGUGCGCAGAUAUCUUCAGCUUCCAUCUGACCGGACUGUUCUAAUCCUCCAUGCAAAAGUUGCUCAGAAAUCAUAUGGCAACGAAAAAAGGUUUUUCUGUCCACCACCUUGUGUUUACCUUAGUGGACCAGGCUGGAAACUAAAGCAGGAAGAGAUUAAAGCCAAAGAUCUAGCAGAGUCCUGCUCCAAAGUAUGUGGGUAUAUGGGACUAGACAGCAUGGGCAGCAGCCACGCAGAGACCCAGAAAUUAAACUUCGAGGAACAGCCAGACUCCAAGGAAUUCAGCUGUGCCAAAGCCUUGUACAUUUCAGACUCGGACAAGAGGAAACACUUCCGGUUGGUCUUGAAGCUCUACUACAGCAACGGGCAGGAGAUUGGGACUUUCCAUAGCAAGCUGAUCAAAGUGAUCUCCAAGCCCUCCCAGAAGAAGCAGUCCCUGAAGAACACAGACCUGUGCAUUUCGUCUGGAUCGAAGGUCUCCCUCUUCAACCGCCUGCGCUCACAAACAGUCAGCACCCGUUAUCUCUUUGUAGAGGGCGGCGCCUUCACUGCAAGUGCCAGGCGGUGGGCAGCGUUUACACUUCAUCUGGUCCCUCCCUCCCUUUCUUCCCCUUUCCUGUCUCAAGCAGAUGAAUGCUGUUCUCAGUCCCGGAAUGAAUUCCCCCUGCGUGAAGGCUACAUUCGCUACGGCUCCAUAGUUCGGCUUAUUUGCACAGCCACUGGUGUAGCACUGCCCCUUCUGAUCAUUCGAAAAGUUGUUAAGCAAUUAGUGAUGAUGGAUGUAGAUGAACCAAUCUCCCAGCUGCACAAAUGUGCUUUCCAGCUUCAUGGCAGUGAUGGGAUGUACCUGUGCCUCUCAACAGAGAAAGUGAUCCAGUUCCAGGCAUCUCCAUGCCCCAAGGAAGCAAACCGGGAGCUGCUGAACGACAGCUCCUGCUGGACCAUUAUUGGGACAGAGACUGUGGAAUACACAUUCAGUGACAGUCUAACUUGCAUUCAGGAUCCUGUGAGCCCAGUUCCUCUCAUAACUACCUUGGAGCUGACGGGUGGUGGAGACGUGGCAAUGCUAGAAGUGCAGGGCGAGUACUUUCAUGCAAACCUGAAGGUUUGGUUUGGCGACGUAGAAGCUGAAACUAUGUACAGGAGUUCCAAGUCCCUUGUGUGUGUCGUUCCUGAUGUCUCUGCAUUUAGCCAUGACUGGAGGUGGCUGAGAUACCCUAUCACUGUCCCUCUCUUGCUGCUAAGAAAUGAUGGUCUCAUUUAUUCCAGCACUUUCAGCUUCACAUACACACCAGAGCAGAAUUUCCUCACUGGGCAACCCAUCUUGCCAGAACUGACACAGGAUUCUGAUACAUUACUUGACACCAUCCAUCAGGAGUUCACCAAGACCAACUUUCACCUCUUCAUGCAGAGUUAG